AUGGCUGUCGCCGGUGGUGCAUCCGUCGAUGCCACCGCGUCGAUGGGCGGGUUGUUCGCGUCGACGACACGAUCACGGAGCUACCGUCGACGUUCCCCGAUUCCUCCGGAGGGACACAGGUGCGCUUCCAUCCGGUUAAGCGAAAAAGCGCACGCCGUCGCCUUUGCCUUUGGGCGGACCGCGUCAGCGUGGACGAGGACGCCGAGGGGCGCAUCACUGGCUCUCGAUGCGUCCGAGGACGACGGUAUACUCGAGCUACUCGCCGCUGCUGAGGCUACCAGGCGCGGGAGCUCCGACCCGGAUAGCCCCGACGGGCCCCGAGGUCUCAUCACCGUCGGGGGCGACGGCAUCUGCCUUGGGUUAACGGCGUCGUGGUCGCUGACGUUCGACGCGUCGUCCGAUGGCAUGGGAUUCCGCGAUGAAAUCUCGCUCGACACCGGCGAAACGGCCGAAAGUAAGGUCCCGCCCAUGCUGUUCCAGUCGGGAUACGACCCUGAGGCUGACGUCGCGUGGGAAACCGAGCUCGGGUCCGGGACGUGUCGAGCGACGACGUUCGACGGCGCGCACCGAUCGCUGCUCAUAUCGUGGAUACGCAGCGGGCAGUGGCUCAACGGCCAAGCCGCGAGGCGUAGGCUGUUGCUCAAGCUGAUCCGCGGGCCGAGGGUGCCGCUGAGGGCACUGGUGGAGGAACACACGAUGGUACCCAAACUCUCGAUGUCGGCUUCGUUCGCAGAGCCAUCAGAGCCGGGAAACAAGUCGGGGCCCUCAGGGCGGCGGGGCAAAGACCGGGGUAAUAAGGGUGGCCGCAAAGGGGGUAGGAACAAGUUUGGGGACGCCGUCUCUCGAGCGAGCGUCCGUGAGGUGAAGCGAGCGGGCGCGCCGCCACCGAUCCCGUCGGGUGACGGUGCGCUCGUCGCCGUGGCCUGUCGAGGAGGCUCGGUCGGCGCGCGAGUGUGGCUGCAUCGCGUAAACGUCGGCGGCGACGACGGCUGGGUGCCGCACAGGUGCGAGCUGGCCACACCCGAGGGCGUGGAGGCGUGGGUGUUCGGUGAGUGGAGCAGGUCGGAUGUGGGGUUGCUCGUGCCGGGAGUGUCGCACCAGACGCAUCCGGCUGGGAACUCGUGCGUGUACCGCGCGAAGAGGACCGCGUCGAUACUCGACGGGGAGAAGUCGUCGUCCAAAAUAUUCUCGCAGCCGUACGAGGGGUACCCGACGGACGACGACAGGUGGCCGGUUCCGACGUACAGUCUGAACGACGCGGGCGUCACAGAAGCGGCGGCGGCGGUUCCCGCGGCGAGGGGAGAGGGAGGUCACGUGCUCGUAGCGCCGCGUCUGAACGGUCAGGCGUCGCCGGGCUGGUUCGUCCUGGACACGUCUUGCGCGGGGUUCGCGAUUGAGCCUUCCGUCGCGGACCGCCUCGGCAUGCCCGCGUUUGGCGAGCUGUCCGUGGUUGGAGUCUCCGCGGCGGCGCUCAGCGGGGCGAUGCGGCGGGGCACGACCAUCUCGGCGGGAUGCGUCGACGUCCCCGCGCCGGUGUACAUGGAGCAGUCGCUCGCCGCGGCGCUAAGGACGCCGCCCGCGCCGGUCGGUUCGGACCCCUCCGCGGGCGGCGGGCUCGUCGGCGUGCUGGGGACGGACUUUCUGCAGCACUGCGUCGUGGAACUCAGGGCGCCGCGACGUGUCCCGGGAUCGCCCACCGCGCCGUCGUUCGACGUCUUCUGCUUCGACCCGGCCAAAUACGAGCCCACCGACCGGGUGCGCGCGGCGUGGCAGCGCGUGGAGUGGAUCCAAGGCGUGCCGCACGUCCGCGUGAAGCUCACCGUCGCGGACGACGGGCUCACCCCGGAACCCUCGCUCGAGCAGAAGCUGCCGCGAGGAGGACCGCAGGCUGGCACCGGGGCUGGGCCCGAAAACCCCGCAACAGACGGGUCGGGUUGGGAAGGUCGUCUCUUCCGACUGUCACUCGGCGCCGGCGGCGCCGGGGCUAUCGUCUCGGCGCGCGCGGCGAAGGAGUGGAAGAUGGUGGAGCGCACGGUGGGUUUGCAGCCGGGCGGCGUGAUGUCGGGACCGGGAGAGGAGCGGAGCAGGCUCGCGAUGGUCGAGCCGGAGGUUGUCACGGGCAGGCUGAGGCGCGUCGAGUUUGCGGGUGGGAGGUUCGAGACGGUUCGAGCGCUGACGCACACGUCGGGCGACCCGCCGGACCUGGCGUUGAGUCCUCACGCGGACGGCGCCCUGUGCGCGGACCUUUUCCGAGGGUGCACGUUGGUGCUCGAUUUCGGACGGAACCGAAUCGCGGUGUUGACGCAGCAAGUGGACUAG